AUGCAACUUCGACCAACAAGAAAAGUUCGGACAGCGCUAUUUCCAGAAAUGAAGGUUGUUGCAGCUUACUUGUUGGCCGUGUUGGGUGGCAACACCUGCCCUUCUGCCGAUGACCUGAAAAACAUCCUCGGUUCAGUUGGAGCUGAGACCGAUGAUGACAGGAUUGAGUUGCUCUUGUCUCAAUUGAAGGACAAAGAUAUUACUGAAGUGAUUGCAGCCGGAAGAGAGAAGUUGGCUUCAGUUCCUGCUGGCGGUGGUGCAGUUGCUGUAGCUGCACCUGCUUCAGCAGGCGGUGCUGCUGCCCCAGCUGCUACUGAAACAAAGAAGGAAGAGAAAGUUGAAGAGAAAGAAGAGUCGGAUGAUGAUAUGGGCUUCAGUCUCUUCGACUAA